GGAAGCAAUGCCUAAGAACGAUCUAUUGCCCUAUACCAAUUUUGAACGUCUAGCCCGGUCCUUUUGGGAUGUCCACGCCUUCGAAUACAACCAAGCCUUCUUCUGGGCCAUAGAGUCCGAAGGAGGCAAUGAUUUCGACUUCUCCUCCAAGUACCUGCAAAUCAAACUUCGUCCUCGUCUUGGGUCUGGAAGCAACCCCAGUCUUCUCUUCACCAUCGAUGACGCCAAAUUCGCAUCUUUUGCGGACAUUCUUCCUGGAUCACCUGAAGCGCGAGCCCUUGAGAUCUCUCAGUCGACUGCUCGCUCCAACGAGGAGAUGAAGAGGAAGACGAGGCCUGGGUUUAUUGGGCAGCUGAUGGUGUUAUGGGACCUGCCGGGAUGUUCAUUGUGGACGCUUGCUCCUAGGGACAAAUACCAGCCACCGAAGAAUGAUUCUGAAGUUGAGACCAGAAAGCUGACGUGUCGUGAUUGGCUUUCGCGGUUUCAGUUUAUGGUGCAGCAUGGGUUCGUCAUGAGGCGGGUUCCGCCUGAGAUAAAGGCCAUAGGUCACGCUUUGGGGAAAUUAAAGCUGGAGAAGGGUAAUGGGACUGAGAAGUGGGUCUGGAAAGAAGUCCCUGACGAUCUCUUGAAGAAGAUGGGCUGUUCGGAUGUAUUUGUGGAGAACCAGCGUGUCCUCAUUAGUUGA